GCUUGGAUUAUGAGGAGGAAAUCUCAGAUGUUGAUGAUUUGACCGGUUGGGAUUAUAAAGCUGCUGUUAAACACAACCACCAUUCCCAGAGAGAAUCUACAUUCGUCUCAUACUUCACCACAGUUAUCACCACAAUUAUCACUUCAGUUAUCACGACUGUUACAAACACAUUUUCAG